GCGAUGGUGGGGGUUGGGCUUCACUGAAUCCUUUACUUGCGCUACGUCACUCGAAGAAAAUAUUGAGUAUCUUCCCACCACGAUCCUGCUGGGUGUAUACCUACUAGAAUAACUGCAGCCAUGCCGCUUAUAGUUCUCGCAGGUUUUCCCACGUCGGGCAAGACCACGCGCGCAAAGCAGCUACACAAAUAUCUGUCUGAACGCAUACAGUUGGCCUCAGGCGACGCGCCGCCCAAGUACCGCCUGCACCUCAUCUCAGACCAGUCGCUUUCGAUUCCGCGGUCCGUGUAUGACCUUUCAACUCUACCGGCCCACGUCCGAUCCGCCAAUGCCUCGGAAAAGGAUGCCCGGGCCAGCAUCUACGGUGCCGUGAAGCGCGUGCUCUCGGACAAGGACAUUGUGAUACUGGACGGCUUGAACUACAUCAAGGGCUGGCGGUACCAACUACAUUGCGAGGCAAAGGCUGUGCGGACGCCGAGCUGUAUCUUGCAGAUCGGCUCUGGCAAGGACAAGGCGAAGGAGGUGAAUGAAGCCCGCCUGCGGAAGCAGAAGGAGCAGGAAGCGUCGCAAGGGGAAGACGACACAGCGAUAGACGAGGCAGAAGCGCCGUAUUCACCAGAGAACUGGGAGAACCUGGUGUUCAGAUACGAGGAGCCAAAUCCCAUGACGAGGUGGGAUAGCCCUCUGUUCACUCUUGUAUGGGAGGACGAUGAGGCGCAAACGAAGCAAGUCUUUGAUGGUCUUUGGGACGCCAUCGCCGGUGAAGGGCGUAAGGUUGUCAAGCCAAACCAAGCUACCGUGCAGAGAAGUCGCGAUGCUGGUGGGGAUUACCUGUAUAUCUUGGACAGAGAGACUCAAGAUAUCGUGAAGAGGAUACUGGAUCAGCAAUCCGAUGAUGGCGGUGAUGAGAUCACUGUUCCGAAGGGGACCAACAAUGACGAGACCUUGACUAUCGACCUCCCAGUGGGCAAGAAGGUGGGCUUGCCACAGUUGCAACGCCUUCGGCGGGCGUACAUGGGCAUGAACAGAGGUGGAAUUGGCUUGGAGAGCGUUGGCAACUUGUUAGGACCUAGUCGCAUUCGAGAAAGCUUCACGAGAUAUUUGAAUGAUUCUUUCGAGGCAGAUGGAUGAGAUGCAAAGGAGAUGCGAUAUACACUUUUCAUAUCAAGAUACCCCUUUAAUGACAUGCCGUUAACACCACCGAAA